CUUUUCUUUUUUUUUUUUUUCUUUUAUUUUAUUUUUUAACUCUUUCUCCUACUAAUAUAAAUAUAAAAAAAAAAUAUGGAUACCUCUCAACUUAUUAAUACAACUUCAUUGGCUAUUCGUCGUAAUUCUAUGAAACAACUUCGUUUAUGUAUUUUACCCACAACUUCUCAAACUAACAUAAUAAACAAACGACAAAAAUCAACAAAUACGAAAAAUAAUAAUAUACAACCUCAAUAUCAUUCUUCAUAUCAACAAGGUCCUCUCGCCAUUUUACCUCAUCUAUAUAUUGGCAAUGAAAAGAAUGCACAUACUUUAUCACAUUUGGACGGAAUUGAUUGUUUAUUGAAUGUAGCUGCUGAAGUCGACCGACCUGCUUGUACGACGGUAAUUCCAUGGUCAGAUCAAUGUGUCAAGACAGGUAUGACAACCACCAAAGGAUACGUCAAAUUAGCGACAGAACAACAUGGUGAUCAGUUACAGUUAGAUGAUGCGAUGUUAUUGAUCGAUCAGGCUAAAUCACACAACAAGGUAGUACUCGUUCAUUGUCAAUGCGGUGUCGCUCGGUCAGCAACCGUGGUGAUCGCUUACAUUAUGCAUUUCCUCCGUAUUCCUUUGCAUGAAGCUUAUACAUUUGUCCAACGUCGUGCUCCUGCUAUUGGUCCUAAUCUAUCUCUACUCUAUCAACUACAAUCUUUGGAAUAUCGAUUGGAACGACUUCAUCAAGAUCAUGUUACAAGAAAACCAAUGCGGAUCUCAAACGAUACAAACAAUACCAAGAAAAGGAAACUCUCUGUUACUUGUUAAAAAAAAAAAUCAACAAUUUAUCUUUGAUCACCAUUUCAUCCACCUCAAUGUUGGCUAAUACUCAUUAGAAUCUCAUCAAUCAAACCAUUAUCAGUAAUCGCCCUCAUCAUCAUCAUCUCUCUCUCUU